AUGCACCAGCUGCUCAAUGGAGCGUCGCGCAGGUGCUCUGCAUGCAUAGAAGUGCCAAAGACUUUAAAGACAGGUCCCAAUGCUGACGAGCUUGCAAAACGAUUCCUGGAAACUGGUCAACAGCUAAGCCCCAAAACCCGGGAGGAAGCAGCGGAGCUUAUGAAAGAACCCAGAAGGAAAGGUCAGCUUAAAAUCAAAGGUGGUGGCAGCAGCAUUGGUCAAAACAAGGAGUCCAUUUUAUCUGACAGAUUUGAUCCAUGUCCUGAAGCAAGGGGGAAGCUCCGUGAAAUAUGCCGCCAAAUUUAUCCGUCCGGAAAUAUUGCAGUUUUCCAAUUUCCCACAUGCUGCAUUGCAAAGACAAUCACCUUUCUGUUUCAGGAUGUUCCAACUCAAGGACUUUUAGGCAUAUUUUCCCCGGGCCACUCAUGUCUGUCUUACUCCUUUAAAUCAAGCUUUUCUGUGGCGUUACUGAUGAAUCAGGAAGGUGGGAUAGUUAGAGACAAAUAUGGCCAUUUAACCCACCGCUGGAGCUGGUAUUCCCGAAAAGAAGUUCUUCAGUCAUUAGAUUUUCAGAUAAAUGAACAUUUAAAAUUAAAGGUUCUCAGCCAAAAUUCCAUGACCAUUACUUUUGCUGCCUUGAAUGAAACCAUCACCUUAUCUUUGAUAAGACCUGGAUGUCUGCAUGUAUGCAAGGCUGAUAAGCAGACAACCGUUCGCUUUCUAGUACACAGCAAGCAAUUCAGAUUCCUUGGCCGGAACCAGUUGACUUUAAAAAACAUUGAAGCUAAUGAGAAAGAACAUUGGAGAAGAAGCCUUAUUGACAUUAAGAGGAGGUUUGAGAAAACUAUAAAGCAAUUUAUAAACAGUGUUUUGAUGAUUUCAGGGAUAUGCUGCAUAGACUAUCCACCUGAGUUUCGUACACAACCUGUGAAGUGUAAAAAAGCAGACUCGCCACUACAGACCUGGAAUCGAAAGCUAAGAGAAGAAGCUAUGGCUUCAGCUUCAAAACCAAAAGAGAAACGAGCUGUCAGGCCAACUAGUUAUCGCCCAAUUAAAAGAAAAUUUAGGCGUCCCUCACGAGCCAAAGAAGAGAGACCAGAUGUAAGCCCUACCCCUGAACCGUGGGCAAUUUUUCCUAUGGAGUGUCCAAUUGUGCUGCGCAAAGUUCUGACCAAAACUAAUGACGGCUUAGGUUGCAAAUGUGUAGUAAAAAUCCCAUUAAUUACAGAUUUGGAAUUUGAAAAGUUUAUCACUGCCCCAAGACACCCUCAACAAGUCAUUGUGAUAUGUGUGUUGUCACCACAAAAACAUUCCUUCUCUCCUUUCUUUGAGUGGUCUGUUGAACAGCUGUACAUAAAGUUGCAGCAUGGCCGUCCCUCACCUUGUAUUCAGAGCAAGCAUGAUUCCUACCGUUUCCUGAAAUAUGAUCUAGAGAAUCCACUGAAUAAAACGCCUCCUCUUCUGGUGCAGAAACAUGGUGUCGUUCCUGGAAUGGUGGUGAUGUAUGCCGGAGGGAAGCUGCUCUUUGGGAGCUGUGUUUUCAACGGAUACAGCUUCAGUAAGAAGGACCUGAUGAAACAGAUCAACCAAGUUUGCCUUGACUGCAAAAGGGGUCACUUCCUGCCACAGAGCUUCAAAUUUAGUCCUAUUGCUGAACCUCCGAAGAAACCCUCUUAUCAAAGUUUAGAAAGUCUUUAUGUUACCAGUAUUAAGGAAUGUGAAGAAGAGCAAGAGCCUGUUGUUGAAGAGAAGAUAGAAGUAGAAGAGAAGAAAAAAAGUGCUGGCCGUGGAAAGAAGAAAACAAAGAAAUAGUAUAAUGAGAUUGGAAGGUUAUUGUUAUUUGUUUGUUUAUUUAGCACAAAUAUUCAUGGUGGUCUGAAUCUAAUGCCGUUGCAGAUGCUCAAUACAGAUAUAGCCAAGUGGAUUGCGUCCAUUAUACAGCAAACCACAUCCCAAAAGUAUCUGCCUUAUUAUCAUCAUCCGUCCCAUAAAGGAACUUCUUUCUUUCCAUAAAACAUCUUAUCUUUCUAAAACAUCUGGAGAUCCAUUCCCAGAAAAUACUGCAGAUCUCCUUACCUUGUUCUACAGAAAUAAAACAUCUCAAGACUUUGGAAAGAAAACAAUAGUUGUGGUCGGACUGAUGUGCAGGAAGCAUAGCAAGUUUGGUGAGUUGAUAGGGCAGAGAGGAAAGGACAGCUAAGAUGGGAUACAGCAAAUAAACAAAUGAAAUGAAAGGCCAUUAGAGAUAAUUGAAAAUGGAAUUAGUUAAAUUAUCACCACCACCACAUUCAUGGUAUUCUUAUAUGAGCUCUUAUGGGAUUUCUAGCAGCAAUAUAGAAAGAAUACCAAUAUUUUUUAUAUAUUAAGGGGUUAUUUUGCUUGAAGGGUUGUUUAAGCAUUUGACAGAUGAUAUGAAAUAGUAAGAGUGAAAUUAAGACAUGGAUUAUUAUUAUUAUUUUAGUUUUUGGCACCCACAACCUCCUUCAAAACCAUACAAUGAUGUCCAGCACUUGGAAAAAAAUACCAUCCUUCCUUAUACAUUGAUCUUCCAGCAAGAAGCCUUAAUCUUUUCAAAAGCAAUAUGUUUUCAAAAUUUGUGAAACACUGGUGUUUUUUAAGAGAUCAGAUUAACAUGGGAAAAUAUCUAGUAAAGAACAAUCACAUCCAUAUAGAUGCUUAGAACAGAACUGAAGAAGAAAAACGGAAUUCUGACUGAAACCUGAGACAUUCUAGGCAUUAGUAUAUACAAUACUAAAACUACAGUUUUCACUUGGAAUCUUAAAAUCCCCUGCUAAAUUCUGGACACCUAUAGCCUUCUGUACAUCAUGCAGCAGCAACUGUCCACAUCCUAAAUAUAAGUAGAACUGACUAAGGCUGAUGGGAGUUGAACAAUAUUUGGAAGGCCACAAUGCUGCAUCCCUGACUCAGAUAUGAGGGCUAGAUUUGACCAGACUCAGCUGUGACACCCAAUGGAGACCUUGUACUUCUAUCUGAUAAUAAAGUGAGAUUAUGACUCACCUUUCACCUUAAACAAGUAUAUAGUGUAAGAAAUCUAUGCUAAAGUACAUACAGUAUGUGAUAAAUAAAUAUAUAAUCUGAUAUUGGCCACUGUGUAGGUUCAAUUUCUCCUCCAUAUCUCAUUUCUCAUUAGCAAUAUCAUACAUGGAACAAAUAAUAGCAUGCAACAUAUCAUUGAAUUUACUCUUUAUGUAGUAAUGUCUAGAAAGUAAAAGGGUAUUAAUGUGUUUAUCCAAAUCCUUUGAUCAAUGCUGGCAUCUUAACCAUCAGAAACAAUAGAUAUACAAAUUAUCCAGUAGGCAAUGUCAAUUAUCACGUUACAUUUAGUCAAACUAAUUUGUUACUAGGGAAGAUGUUCAUUGAAGUAGAAGAGAUCAUGACCUCAUAUUAACAAUAGGAUGAAUUUUUUUAGAGAUCAACUGAAGUCAGAUCUAGCAAAUAACUUAUUUAACAAGAAACUGGUAUACCAAGUUAUCCAGAAAGGGGUAGGACAGUUUUAGUAUCUUCCUGACUUGAAUGUGCCAAAGAGUUUUUUCUGAUUAAAAAUCUCCAGUUUAAAUUCAAAGUGAAAGGUAUAGAUUAUGUUACAAUUGAUUCACUAUACUUCUAAAACUUCCCAUAGUCACUUGGUUGAGUUGGAUGUCAACAGAAAUUGAAUAAAUAAACAAAAGAACUUAGUUUUUGGAAAGAAACAUUUCAUCUUCAGUACGUUCUACAAUAAAGAUGAUUAUUUGUACAAUG